AUGAGAAGUAAGCCAGAUCGAUCUUGUUUAUCUUCAUCAUUUGAACUUGCCUACCUCAAUUGCAGAUCGUCAACGAUCUAUAUCCAUCCACCUGAAACUGUGACCGGGAUUGGACCAGCCCCUGCUGUUGCAACCUUCUCAGCCAGGGGACCAAACCCAAUUUCUCCUGAUAUUCUGAAGGUUUGUGAGUCCUUUGGUUUUCAAAUUGAUAUAUCACCGGCAUUGCAGCCUGAUAUCAUUGCUCCUGGCGUUGACAUAAUCGCUGCUAUUCCUCCAAAAAGCCAUUCAAGCAGCUCAGCAAAGAGUUUUGGAGCGAAGAGUGGCACGUCCAUGUCCUGUCCUCACGUUUCCGGUGUUGCGGCUUUGCUUAAAUCCUUGCAUCCAGAUUGGAGCCCCUCCGCAAUCAAGUCUGCAAUUAUGACAACAGGACACAUCAAUCCAACCAAAGCAGCAGAUCCAGGCCUUGUUUACGUUACCACUCCUCAAGACUAUGCUCUCUUCUGCUGCAGUCUGGGCAGCAUUUGCAAGAUUGAACACUCCAAAUGCUCGUCUCAGACUCUAGCAGCCACUGAGCUGAACUAUCCCUCGAUAACAAUCUCCAAUCUGGUGGGAGCCAAAACAGUGAAAAGAGUUGUGACAAACGUAGGGACACCAUGCUCAAGUUACAGGGCAAUCGUGGAAGAGCCGCAUAGCGUCAGAGUUACAGUCAAACCGGACAUUCUCCAUUUCAACAGUUCCGUGACAAAGCUGUCUUAUGAGAUCACGUUUGAGGCUGCUCAAAUAGUUCGUUCAGUGGGGCACUAUGCUUUUGGCUCCAUCACUUGGUCAGAUGGCGUCCAUUAUGUACGGAGCCCCAUUAGUGUCCAGAGGAUAGCGAUUCCAGACAGUGAAGUCGAUCACCAGGCUGCCGUCCUAAGAUGGGUGCUCCAGUUGGAGAUUGAAUGA